UCCGUUGCAGUACUUGAUUUAACCUAAAAGUAAUCUAAACUGUCAUAAUGUAACUCCCGCUCACAUAUAAUCAAACUGUAGUUUAAAUAAAAGUGCUGCUCUGAGAGAAAAAUGUCGUGAAACUCUCUUUUAAAUGAACGUCUCUAGUUGUAGCCGUUUCACUUUACAUUUACUUUUUGUUACUUAGCAACAUUCGAUGUUAUUGUUAUUUUUCAUAAACAAACUCCAUUUGACAUUUCUCCUAAAUAAAAUAACACUAUUGCCCCAAUUAAAUUUAAAGUCCCAAAUAAAAGAAAAACCACGAAAACACCAAUACAUGUUAAGAGUACGCAAUUAUUCCUAUGCUCCGCAUUUGGAGCGAGAGGGACGUUUAAUAUGUCCACUUCCAUCGCCGCCCAAUAUUGAUCCCAACCGUGAAUGGUAUGCCAAUUUAAAACCCUAUGAACGUUUAUUUUACCACCAAACGCUUUCAUCGGUGCGAUGUAGUAAACGUUUUGUGGCCACAUCACAAAUCCCUAAGGAUUCGUUAGAUUUUCAAUUGCAAUCGCGUUAUGUGCACUCGCGAGAAAACUUUCCAGAAUCCGUGGAUUAUGUACUGCAAACCGAGACUUGCUGUCCAAUGCCACAAACAUUUCGGGUGCUUCGAAAUACGCGAGAUGUAAAAGUGCCAACACCUGAUAAAAUGGGUCAUCCAUUAAAAAUUGGUGGCAUUAAGGAGAAACUUUCACCGCACAGUGUUAAAUUAAUUAACAGCGGUCCUCACACGCAGUUGGUGAACAAUGGAUAUUCUCGCCAACCAGCAGAUGGCAAUUUCUUCCGUUAUUAAAAGCAGUUUGAAACAUUUGAUUCGGCCAUCAAAAAUCUGGAUAUGAUUUUAUUUCAUACAACAUUGUAAAAUCGCUAUAAAAAAUAUAUACUUUUUUUAGAUUAUCAAGACUCUA